CUGAUCCUUUCUCCCCCUACAGCAACAUCCAGGUCAAGGUGUCUCUCAUUACGUGCUCGGUAUUGUUCGACCUUUAUGGGACCCAUGUGGUGCAUGAUAUGCGUUUGUGCACCCAUCAUCGGCUGAGGCAUUGUUUGCUGCUGCAUCCAACAUGACUGGCAUUCGGCAUGUACCACUGGUGACCUCCAGGGCCCUGGAUCAUCGGCACGAUUAUAUCCUCGGUGCUCCUCCUCUAGAUACGGCGAGUAACCUGAUACAGGAGUGCUAUAGCCCGGCAUGGGCUGCAUGGGUUCCAUGGGCUGCUGGGCUACUGGGUGCUACAACUGCCACUGGUCGGAUUGUAAAAUAUGUGGGGGAGAGAAGGGCGCGUGGUGCGUGUAAGUGGGCCUGGGCAGGGUCGGGGAGGACCUUCUCCUGUAAUCCUCAUUAUUGUGCUUUAAAAAAGCGUAAACGCCGCGUUACUACUAUUCCUCAAUUCGACGGAAUCGAUCUCUACACCGUUCCAAUAUCCUCACCCAAGGAGUUGUGGACCAAGCUUCGGGACAAUAGUGUUAUCAUUCAUCACGGCCAGUACACCCAGAAUGGGAAUGUUUUACACAUCGGACUCGAAGGACCGCGCGACUUGCUAGAAGGUUUUGGAUUGAUCCUUGCCUCUAUGUAA